GUCCGCCGUCAACCCAAUUGAAUUUUCAUUGGAUUAGGACUACAGGGUGCUUGUUUGUGUAGCCGCAUCGCCGCUGGCCGCCACGAUGCUUAACCUUCAGCACUCUGCCCGCGCGGGCCCUGCCUGCCGCUCGAGGGCCACUACCCGCAAGCUUUGCGUUUCUGUUAGCGCCGCUGGCUCGACCUAUGGAAACAACUUCCGGGUGACCACGUUCGGGGAGUCGCAUGGAAAGGGUGUGGGCUGCGUGAUCGAUGGUGUGCCCCCGCGGCUGGCAAUUACCGAGGAUGAGAUUCAGCUGGAGCUGGACCGCCGGAAGCCCGGUCAGAGCAUCAUCACCACGCCGCGCAAGGAGGACGACAUUGCGGAGAUCCUCUCUGGCGUCGUGGACGGUGUGACGCUGGGCACGCCCAUCGCCAUCGUGGUCCGUAACAAAGACCAGAAGUCUCAGGACUACUCGGAGAUGUCGGUCGCGUACCGCCCCAGCCACGCCGAUGCCACCUACGACUUCAAGUAUGGCAUCCGCGCCGUCGCCGGUGGCGGCCGCUCGUCGGCUCGCGAGACCAUUGGUCGCGUGGCCGCGGGCGCGGUGGCGAAGAAGCUGCUGAAGGUCAUCGGCGACACCGAGAUCCUGGCCUACGUGUCCAAGGUGCGCGACAUCGGCUGCUCCGUGGACAACGGCGCCUUCACCAUGGCGGACGUGGAGUCCAACAUCGUGCGCUGCCCCGACCAGGCGGCGGCGCACAAGAUGAUUGACGCCAUCAACGAGGUGCGCACUCGCGGCGAGAGCUGCGGCGGCGAGGUGACGUGUGUGGUGCGGCGCUGCCCCAAGGGCCUGGGCAGCCCCGUGUUCGACAAGCUGGAGGCGGAGCUGGGCAAGGCCAUGAUGUCGCUGCCCGCGACCAAGGGCUUUGAGAUCGGCAGCGGCUUCGCGGGCGCGGCCAUGCUGGGCUCGGAGCACAACGACGAGUUCUACAUCGACGAGCAGGGCCGGGUGCGCACCCGCACCAACCGCAGCGGCGGCGUGCAGGGCGGGCUGUCCAACGGCGAGGACAUUGUGAUUCGCGUGGCCUUCAAGCCCACCUCCACAAUCGGCAUCAAGCAGAACACAGUCACGCGUGACGGCCAGGAGACCGAGCUGCGCGCGCGCGGGCGACACGACCCCUGCGUCGUGCCGCGCGCCGUGCCCAUGGUGGAGUCCAUGGUGGCGCUGGUGCUGGCCGACCAGCUGCUGCAGCACUUUGCGCAGUGCGAGCUGCUGCCGCGCGACGGAGCCGUGGGCGCAGACCCCACCGUCACCCGCCAGUUCGCGCACCAGGCGUGAGGACGCUGUGGCAGCGCUGGAGCCGUUGGGCUGUAGCGAGCGCUGCGGCCGUUGGGCUGUAGCGGGCGCAGGCGCGUGUGGCGCGAGGGCUCGGCAGCCACAGGGCGUGAGGGCUGGAGCAAACGGAGGCGCCGGGCUGGAGCGAACGGAAGCGCCGUGUGUGUGUGGAUAUGGGAGGAGGUGGAGGGGUUCUGACAAGGGGCUCGCAUUGACGGGAGGGUUUGGGUGGGCUGCGGGCAGGAGAGCUCGAGUGGUGUGUGUGCGGCGUAUAUGUAAGUGUGAGGGCGACGGUGAGAUUGGGGGGCGGUGAGAAUUACGUGUGUCAUUGCUGCCCAUUGAACUGUGUCAAAUGCGGGCGCUUUCUGUGCUGUGGUAAGAAAGCGCCAGGCAUGUGUGAGGACGGCUGAUGCUGUUUAGGGGGUAUCCGGGCUUCAAGGUCUUGGUGUGUUGUUUGGGGUCAUGACCGCAGGGACGGACAUCCAAUCGCUGGCACAAGCGUGGAACACCUCGGGACGGCUUGUGGGCAGAUUGUCAGCUGUGAUCAGCAGAUGCGUGUGGGCCUGCGGCCCUCCGCUCGUGCGACUGGGCUGGAGGCGUGGGGGUUAUCCUGACAGGUUUUGGCGGGCCUCUGCAAGCGGGGCUCACGCAACCUGAUGCAACGGAUUUCCACAUCCCUGCGUCCCUAUAGGUCCCGACGCUUGUUAUAAAGGUGUUCAGCUU